AUGCUGCAGAUGGAAGAUCAUGUUUCUUGUGCAGAAAGUGAUUUAGUCAACUCUUGCAGGACUUUCCGUCAUGUCCUUGUUGGCGUAACUGGGAGUGUUGCAGCCUUGAAAUUGCCUCUUCUGGUCUCCCAGCUUCUUCAGCUCCCUGGGGUGGAUGUGAGAGUUAUCUCUACGGAGCAUGCCAAACACUUCUACAACCCUGCAGAGGUUUCAGUAAAAAGCUACACUGACAAGGAUGAGUGGGAGAUGUGGAAGCAGAGAUCGGACCCUGUGCUACACAUUGAGCUAAGGCGCUGGGCAGAUCUACUCGUCAUUGCCCCCCUAGGUGCCAACACUCUUGGAAAAAUAGUUAAUGGCAUUUGUGACAAUCUGCUGACGUGUGUGGUACGAGCCUGGGACAUGAGUCGGCCUCUCCUCUUCUGCCCUGCUAUGAACACAGCGAUGUGGCAGCAUCCCAUUACAGCUGAGCAGGUAUCCAGGAUGAAAGAGUUUGGAUAUGUGGAAAUCCCGUGCGUUGCUAAGAAACUAGUGUGUGGAGAUGUUGGCAAGGGCGCCAUGGCAGAAGUAUCAUCCAUUGUCAGUGCUGUUAAACAGCAUCUUCAGAAAUCAGAAGAGUCCUCCAGUCCCUCAAGCAAGUGCCCUGCCUCCUGCGUCAACCCAGACUCACAUUCAUUGAGGAAACUAAUGGGUUUAAUGGAGAUCUCGCCUGCUGAUUACAGAUAA